GUCAACGACUUCCUUCUCGAGCUCGCUGUGGCUGGUGUUACGCUCUCUCACCGCUGCUCUUACAUCUUCUCGACCAUGGAGUCUAAGAAGAGGCCACACGCAGACGAUGGAGAACACUCGCGAGCCAAGAAGCGCGCGGUCUCGGACGACCGUGCCUCGCCGAGUCAUCCUAACGGAACGGCUGUGUCUCAUGGUGACGAGCCAAAAGAAGGCGAUAAUAUCGAGUUGUUUCGGAAGGAGGCCAUAUUCAGGCGCAUGAAGCAUUAUUCACGCGAGGCGGAGAGGAGCCAGGCACGAGUCGCAGACCUAGAGCGACGGUUUAGUACGUGUCGAGCGGGAUUAGCAGCCUUGGAGGUGUGCUGGACGCAGUUGAUUGGCACAAUCCGCUCUCUCGCGAGGCCGGAGGACCUCCCUUCUUUCCCGACAGAGUCCGAAGGUAUCAGUAAACUCGCCGAUCGUCUCGCCCCCGGAGCAGAGCCGGCCUAUGUGGAAUCAUUGCAAAACAAGUUGCAUGAUACGUUGGAGAUAGUCCAGGAGUUUGUUGCGUUGAGUAGCCAAAGUCAUACAGGUCCCUCCAACGAGGAUUUGCUGAAGCAGUGUCAUGAAGCUGAGGCAGAGCGCUCAGCCCUCCGGGGCGAACUAUUGCAUGUUGGGGCGCGGCUUCGUGAUGCUGAAGCAAAGGCGGAGAGGUACCAUGAGCAGCUCUUGGCGGUGGAGAAGCGUGUGGAUAGGUUACAGAGCAAAACCUUGACUCCAAACCACAUUACGAUGAAGGAAGAAUCACUGCGAAGCCCAUCUAUUGAGAACGGAGGAUCGUCUCCUGCGCCGCCGCCGAUAGUCAAUGGCAAUCACAGCGCUGAGUCCGAUGAAUGGCUCGACCUUGCGAAUCUCCGGGAAGCGAAGAUCGAGGAAUUAGUUCGCGAGAAUGGUGAUUUGCGAGUUCGGUUGCAUGAGGCACAGCUACAGCUCAAAAUUCCUUCGGAAGAGCUCGUGACCAACUCCAGCCACUACCAGGUUCUCUUGGAGCGUGCUUCUAGGCUAGAAUAUGCUUCUCAAGAAGCUCAGAUGGAGGCGAGCAAGCUCAAGGAACAGCUGGAUAACCUGACUGCAUCGCGUUCGGAAGUCGAGAGCAACAUGAAGGCCUCACACGAAGCCGCGAUAAACGAGUUGAAGGUUAUGCUCAGUAGACGAGACUCCGAGAGUGCACGACUUCGCGAACAGCGGGAUCAAUACCAGGCCGAAAUCAACGAACGCAGGACUAGAGAGUCAGCCAAGUUCGCUUCCAUCCUGGAGUUCAAGGUGUUGGCAGAGAAUCGUGCGGAACGUAUAGCGGUUCUCGAGUCGGAGAACAAGAGACUGAAAACGCGUCUCGCUGCUCAAGCUAGCGAUGAGGACCUCCUGAAGUUUAUAUGGCAGAGUACUGUUGAAAGUCCGUCUUAUGUGGAGGAUCUCAAGCAGAGGCUACAUGUUGCUGAAGAACGUGCCGCCGCGCUGGAGAAGACUCUUGCUUCGUUGCAAGGUAAUCAUACCGAUAUUGCCAAGAAUGAAGCCGAAACUCGACGCCAGCUUGCCAAAGUUCAGAAACAGCUGGAGAGGUAUCAAGCUAUCUAUGGCGAUGCGUCGACGAUGUCCGCGGACGCCACGCACUUGUCGGAACAGCUGCAACGCAAGCAGGAGGAGCUGGAUAAGCUGGCCCUCCAGGAUCAGCAGCGUGAGCUGGCGGAGUCGGCGUUAUAUGCAGAGAUAGACAAGUUGUCUGCUGCGUGGGAAGGCCUUGAUCGCCAAGUCAAGAACAAGGUUUUCGACCUCUCCAACCUAGAAGAGCGAGUAACCAAGCUCACCACCGAGAGGGCGAAGUCGGAGAACAAGUUCUAUCAGUGCAUGCGCGAUAAAGACGCUUUGGAUUCAGAGCGCAAGAGGCUUUCGAUGAACCUCGAGAAGGCGACAAAGGCCAUCGAUAAACUUACCGAGAGCGAGAAGAGCCUUACGCUUCGUGUGGCCGAUCUGGAGAAGGAACUUGGACUGUAUAAGAAGCUGGCAGACAAGCAGCGCGAGCGAGGGAGUGCUCUUGAAGCCGACCUUGCUGAUUGGCAGACACGCGCUCGACUAGAGCUCAGGAAUGCAGAAGAGAUGAAGGCUACAUUCCAGGAGCAAACACGCAAUCUCAAUGAGAAGCGAGAGGAGCUCCGGAAGCUAGAGGAGAGCCUCCUCAAGAGCAAGAAGGACGCAGAGAAACAGGCGGCGAAGCUCAAAUCUGUAUCCGUCAUUUCUGACCCGACCGCCAAGGAGACCCAGGUACAGAAAGACCUCGCGAAGUGCAUGGAGCUGCUCAAGUGCUCGACAUGUCAGAUCAAUAUGCGCAAUACAGUGAUCACGAAGUGCAUGCAUACGUUCUGCAAGCAAUGCGUCGACGCCCGUAUAUCAACGCGACAACGCAAGUGUCCGGCCUGCAACCUUGCGUUCUCUGGGGGCGAAGUCAACACCCUUUAUUUUCAAUAAUGGUCACGCAUUUGCGCGUGGUACGGGACGCCGGUUAUCUUGUCAUGGAUCUUUUGCUUUUGGUGUACCUUAUUACAUACAUUCGCUCUCAUCCCUUUAUUCCUUCCCUCAUGCUCUGUGUCGCCUUUCAAUGAAUCCCUCCUCUCAUUCGAACGGCAUCUCACCGACAGGAUUAACUGAUUUCGAAUCCUUCAUGC